AUGGAUGGGAACGUGAGGACAGUCUUCGGUUUUAUACGAUGCGGCGUCGGCGUUAACUGUUACCUAAACAACGCUAAACAAUCCUCCAACGAUAGUGUCGAUGUCCCUCCUUUACCAGGAAGAACGCACAGGGAACAGACUGAGUUACGUAAGUCCAUGUCCGAUGUUGAUUUUGCGUUUUUGAGGUUCCUCAGUGAUCUCUAUCCCAAAGAAAUAUUGCAGGUUGAAGGAGCCCCUGAGCAAAAUAAGGCAUCGGCAGAGACGAAUAAAGUGCGGCUCUCGAGCUGCCGAUGUCGGAAUUUGGAGAUAAAUUACCCGCCAAUGAUCGCUCUCCUCUGGUCGUUCAACCGAUGUAAAUAA